CUCAAGCAGUGGAAAAACCAAAAGCUCUUGUUGCAUGCUGGGUAAUAUUCGGAGAGAGAAGGAGCCAAAGUAGGAUCAUCAUAACCGGCUGACUCAACCUAGUUUUCUCAGUCAGAGCGAAACCACUUUGCUGUCUUGUUUUAAGUCUGACAAGUGUCCACUUCAUCUGAACCAUGGGAAUGAAUGGUCAAGAUCUUAAGGUGUAACCUCAAGGCGUAGUGUGACAGCUUUAGGACCAUGGAGCCGGACGUGAUCCGCAUGUACUCCUCCUCCCCACCCCCAAUGGAGGACGGAGCUGAGGAAGAGGACGAGGAGUUUGGGGACUUUGGGGGCUUCUCUGGAGUUCCGACCAGCACCAGCUUCAAUGAGUUUGACACCCCAGCGACCUUCAAUCAGACCCCAGCCUUGGCUGCCACUUCACCACCUGAACUCCUCAACAAUGGAGGGGUGGUUAGGUUGUCAAACCUCAGUUCAGGUCCCGUGGGAAGGGGUCCCGUGGUCAAGCGCGCCAACUCCAAGUCAAAUGGUGUUGUGCCGGGAGGCUGUCAGUACGACAGUCCUUUGGAGAGAACUGUGAAUGUGGAGGAGUUAAAAAAGCUUGCCGACCACACUCGAGCCAAUAAUCAUUCUACCUCCUUGGACAAAUCUGGGAGGGGUCAGACUGACAACAUAGACAAGCCUGUCGACUGCAAUGGUGGGGUCCCGGAAGUUCUGACCAACGGCUUUGUGACUUUUGAAAUAGAGGGAAUCCCAUCUUUGCAGAAUUCAAACCGCUCUAAAAAGAAAGGAACCACCACAGAGUGUGCCGACAACUGCCCUCCCAGCAGCCCCGAGGACGACUUUGCGGAUUUCUCUGCUUUUCCUAAUGUAGAUGUUCAAGGACACUCCAGCGAGGUGACAAACCUCACCAGCGAGAACUUGGACAAUAGCAACCGGGACGAACGGCUGGCAGAGGACACCUGCCAGCAGCAGAAGCACUCUAAUGUAGAGCAGGGAAUCAGGUCAGGGGACGUCGUCGGGGACACUCCCAUUACAACUGGAUCCAACGACAUCGCUGGCUCUGAUUCUCUAUCGCACCUUGCUGAGGUUCGAGACACUGAUGAAGGCUUGAGCAACGGGGACUUUCAAAGAGACACUGCUAACUCUGAGCAAAGGAACAUAGAGCCGGACUUUGCACACAAGCACUCUGCUACUGAGGUGAUUGUUAGUGAGGAUUCUGCCCCAGAGGAGGUUUGUAGUGAGGAUUCUACCCAAGAGUUGGUUUGUGGCGAGGAUUCUGCCUCCAAGGCACUUUAUAUUGACGAACCGGUUGCCCAGAACGGUGUGUAUUUGGAGCAGUCGGAAGAGGAGGCAGAAGAAGAGAAGGCAGGUGUCAGUGAAAACAGGGGUUCGCCCGAUACAGACGAUGAAGAUGGGAAUGGCGAGCAAGCAGACGAAAAGUCUGGGUCCGGAAACGAAACAGAAACAGAGACCGAAACGUCUUUCGGCCGACCGCUGUCCACGGAUGCCCUUGAGGAGUACGGCGACAUCAGCACGACGGGCUCUGUGCCCUCGCCACUGCUCCAAGAGGAGACGGCCACGCCUGCCGACCACAGCCAGCUGCUGGAGGACGACGACGACGGUGAAGACUUUGGUGACUUUGGAGACUUUGGAGACUUCGGGGACGUGGGCUCUUUUAGCGGACAGGGCUUUGCUGACUUUGACCAGCCAGAGUUGCAACUAGAGGAACAACCUGCACCUCCCACACAGGAACUAGUGGACCACGACAAGGACUUUGGUGAAUUUGACGCCCCCAAUAGCCACAUUGGUGGUGGGAAGGCAAUUGAGAAUGAAGAUAGGGGGAAGUUUGCGGAUUUUCCCAGCAGCAACAGUUUUGCCGACUUUAGCUCGGCUCCUGUUGGUGCGGACCCUGAUCCAGAUGCUGGUUGGAAUGCCUUUGAUGAGCCUGUACAGGGUCAAGGGGAGGGAAAUUCCUGGGCUGCAUUUGGAGAGGAGCCGACCGCCAAUGCUCCUUUGGAAACGGGUGAAGACGAGUGGCAGGAGAGUGAACCUGUAGCAGCCCGUUCAUCCAGCAGCCAUCAGAUCAGUAGAAGAGACAGUCAAUCUGUGGCGCUGUGCAGUCGGCUGGAGAAGCUUUUUCUGGAAAUUUUCCCCGACGCACUUGCUCCGCAGGUGAGGGUGGAGGUGGUCUCCCUCAAAACCCUGCUGGAGCCUCCUGUGAGGUUACAGCAGGAAGAGCAUGAAAUGAUGAGCGGUGUGCCAGACAAUGGGGCCGAGGGGGACGUGUUGUGGAGGCAACUGCUGGACAUCCACGAGGCAUUUGGCCUGCGGCACCAGUGGGGCGGCUCGCACAGCAACAAGACACUACUCUGCUCCCUGGGCAUCGACAUUAGGAACAUUCUUUUCACAGGUCAGAAGAAGCAGCCAGUGAUAGUUCCCAUGUAUGCUGCCAGCCUGGGCAUGCUGGAACCCACCAAAGAGCCAGUAAAACCCAUAUCAGCGGCAGAGAUGAUCACGUCCAUAGCACAACAAGUACCUCCAGUGGCCCCAGCAGAGAUCAUAAGCACUAGUCCACCAGACACAGCCCAGGAAGUGCUCCCGCCCGUCCAGUUUGACUGGAGCAGCAGUGGCCUUACUAACCCCCUGGAUGCGAGCGGAGGCUCGUCUCUGCUCAACCUCGAUUUCUUUGGGCCCGUGGAGGACUCUGGCCCUAGCAGCUCCACCUCCAUCCCAGGUGUGGACCCGGAGCUGUAUGAGCUAACCACUGCGAAACUGGACCCCAGUGGCUCUGGGACCCGUGUGGCUGAUGCCUUUGCCCGCCUUAUGUCUACUAUGGAGAAGACCAGCACCUCUACCAGAAAGCCCCGGAAAGAGGAGAACCUAAGUGAGGAGACGUUGAAGGUGAUUGCAGGGCUACCAGACCUGUCUUUCAUGCAGGCCAAGGUGCUGAUGUUCCCCACCACGCUGACCCCCCUGGGCUGCUCCUCUGACCCUGACCCCACACUCGACUGAUCCACCCCGCCCCAACUCCAUCAAUGCCCUCCUCUUCUCCUCCUUAUCACCGUCUGUCAUUCUAUCACUAUAUCAUGAAGUUAUCCUUUUUGCUUCCAUGCCAUCAUCCUUUUUUGUCAUUUUCUCCCUUUUUUUAUUUGUUAUUUUCAGUUUUAAUCUUUUUAAUCAAGUGAAGCAUUUAGCGAUUUGUCCUUGUGAAUGGAGAAUGUUUAGUCAGACCUGAACUAGGCUAAGCCUGUAAAGCGAAGCUUUGUCAAUAGCAGAGCAAGAGAACAUGUUAAAGCAGUUUAACUUCUAGAUCAAGGUCCUUGAGAGAGGCCGCUUGUUUAUGAUAGGAGAAUCAAUGUGUACAUAAUCAGGGACGAAUUGUGUUGGUUUUCAAAGGUGGCUUUUACGUUUCUCAUUGUGGCGGGCGUGUGUCAAUGUUUGUCUUUGUGAGGAAAUGAAACACUGGUUGAACCUCUUCAAAGCGAGGCUUGAGUAAAGUGAAGUGGGAUAUACACUGAGUGUAGAAACCAUUAGGAACACUUUCCUAAUAUUGAGUUGCACCUCCUUUUGCCCUCAGAACAGCCUCAAUUCGUCGGGGUGUGGACUCUACAAGGUGUCGAAAGCGUUCCACAGGGAUGCUGGCCCAAUGCAUACCACAGUUGUCAAGUUGACUGGCACCCAUAUACACAAUCCAUGUCUCAAUUGUCUCCAGGCUUAAAAAUCCUUAUUUAACAUUUCAUCUACACUGAUGGAAGUGGAUUUAACAAGUGACAUCAAUAAGGAAACAUAGCUUUCACCUGGUCAGUCAUGGAAAGAGCAGGCAGUCCUAAUGUUUUGUUCACUCAAUGUAUGACUACGUAUGUGUGUGUAAAUGUAUGUGUGACUUGAAACCACACUGCCUGCAAAAUCCAGCUGAAUGUUUUCCCUGUUGUGUUAAUGGCCUUAGUUGUUUUGUCCUUUUACAUAAGGCCUAGGUUUGAUUCUUAACUUGAUUUCUUAACCCAUGGCUAAAAAUGCGCUCUUAAUGUAUGCUCAUACGUUAAGCGAUUUAACUGUAGCCAGUUUUUCUUGCGUCUCCCAUUGAUGCAGUCAAACAGCCAUGAAAAUGGCGGUAUGUCACGGACGACUGUGUUUUGUGUUUGAAUUCUAUUCUUUAGAACUUUAUUCUGUUUUGGGGACGGGUGGUAAAAAGAGGGGGAAUCAUGGUUUAAACCACUGACAGAUAGUCAUUUGUAUAAUUUCUAUCAGUAUAGCUGGUCUGAGUGAAGGUCAGCCUACAUUACAAGGGAAUAAGGGACCAAUUUCUGCUUCCAUGUGUCUGGUUAAACACUUAUGAAGUUAUUUUUCUUUUGUUUAGUUUUGCUGACAUUCUCUACCAAUUUGUUUGUUGUUAUACCACUGUCAACCUGUUCCCAGGAGGAUUUUGCACAUUGUAAAGAUGAAAUGGAUGUAAUCAUAGUUCACUGUGGCUUUAGACUGUGUACUAUGGACUGUAAAAUGUAUGGGGAAAAUUCCUAUGGAAAAAAAUAACUUGAAGAGCCUGUGAAAAGGUUAACAUGCAUGUCCGGGUUCUUUUCAGACUAAGUGUGUAAAUUUUACUUUUAGUGUACACAAGAAAUUAAAAUAAUUUAAGAGAAA